AUGGACCCUCUGCGCUGGAUCCCCGUGCCCACCACUUCCUACGCCGGGCGCACCGUCAUCGUGACCGGUGCCAACGGCGGCUUGGGCCUCGAAGCAGCCCGCCAUUUUGCCCGGCUGGGCGCCGCCCGCCUGAUCCUCGCCUGCCGGCGCACCGAGCGCGGCGAGGCCGCCAAAGCCGACAUCGAGCAGUCCCUCCUCGCCACUUCCACUCCUCCGGUCAUUGAGGUAUGGCCGCUCGACCUGUGCUCCUUCGACAGCGUGCGCGCCUUCUGCCGCCGCGCGGAUGGCCGAGCUGGACAGGCUGGAUGUGUUGCUGGCGAAUGCGCGAUGCUCACCCUCAACACCAGGAUGGCCGAGAGGUAUGAGAUGCAGGUGACGACGAAUGUGAUCUCGACUUUUUUGUUGGUGUUGAUGCUGCUGCCGGUGAUGAAGAGGACGGCGGCGCGGUGCAAUGUUGAGCCGGCCGUGACCGUGGUGGCGAGCGAGGCGCAUCUUUUUACGAGAUUUGUCGAGCAAGACUUGCCAAAUAUAUUCGAGUCAUUCCGACCGGGAGGCGCCAUGCACGACCGCUAUGGGACAACUAAGCUACUCGACAUUCUCAUCGUGCAGGAGCUCGCGGCCCGGUUGGAUGCUGCUAGUGCCGGGGCGAGCCCCGUCGUGGUGAACACGGCAAACCCCGGUCUGUGCAUGUCAGAGCUCUUCAGAGAUCUAUUUUCCUUCGCCCAGUUCAUGCUGGGCUUUGCGCUGUUGUUCUUCGGUCGCACCGCCGAGCAGGGCUCGAGGGCCUUUACUUCAGCCAUCGCCGGGGGGAGAGAGAGUCACGGGAAAUACAUGGAUGGCGGCAGGGUGGAGACCACCAGUCGGUUUGUCAUGUCGGAGAAGGGCAAGAUGGUGCAGAAGAAGGUCUGGGACGAGUUGAUGGAGAUACUGGAGGUUAUCGAACCGGGUAUCACCGCCAACGUCGCUUAG